GGGUCGAUUUUUAUCUAAUAUCACAAAAUUGUUACGAAAUGUCGGGCUAUGAUUUAAAAAAAGAAGAAGAGGUCAAGGAGUUUGUAGAAAACCUCGGUAUUGAAUACAGAUUUGGAUGUUAUAAAGAGAAAAAGCCUGAAGUAUGCCAUCUCUUAGGAGAUUAUUUAGAAGCGAUAAAGAAGGAUUUUGAAAAGGCUGCUACAGUGUUUAAAAGCAAUUGUUUAGAUUACAACUACGGUAAAUCAUGCCUGAAGUAUGGAAAUUAUAAAUUAAUCGGUAAAGGCAGUAAUAAGAGCGAACCCGCUGAAGCUCUAAAAUAUUUCGAGAAAGGUUGUGAAAAUAAUGAUCCUACAUCUUGUCUACAUGCUGGCUUACUCUUGACAGCCGUAAGUCCUGAUGGAUCUGUUGAACGAGAUGUUCCGAAAGGUUAUAAUUACUUAAAGAAAGCUUGUGAUAACAGAGAGAACAUGGCAUGCCACUAUCUCUCAGGAAUGUACUUAACUGGAGUACCCAAAAACCCAAAGGAGUAUAACCCUCACAAACCUGAGAAGAAUAAAAACUUAGAUUUUUUGAUCAAACCAGAUUUGAAACAAGCAUUUUCCUUUGCUCUGAAAGGUUGUGAGCUAGGACAUGUUUAUGCUUGCGCUAAUGUUAGUCUUAUGUAUAAAAAAGGAGAUGGGGUAGAAAAAGACUUAGAACAGGCAAAGAAAUAUUUCACAAUAGCACAAUCUCUUCAAAAUGCCAAGGAACAAACAAAGGAAGUCAAAUUUCAACAAGGCCUUGAUAAUAAGUGAAAUGGAUGAUAAAUAGUUGUUUGUUAUAUGUAUUAGUUGUUGUGUAGAGGGUAAAUUAAAAUAUUAUUUAUCAAUAAA